UGCAGCCAUUGUAGAUGGGUCUAAAGAGAGAACCAAAUCAUUAACAGAUUGUGGUAAAUAAUAAUAAAUAAAGAUUCGAUAGUUGUCAUUUUUUAAAAGGGGAUAUUUUCGAAUGUGACAAAUUAAGCGCAAUGUCGUGUCAAAUUAAAGGAAUAGCAAACAUACCGGACAUAAAUAAUAUUAAAAAAUUGCUCUAUGGUGAUGCUAUUAACAAAUUCGAUUAUGUACCGAGCAAUGAAUUACCUCUCCAAGAUUGUCACAUAUCAUUAUCAUCAGUUGGAGAUGUGCUUGUUAUAGCUUGGGAUACAAAAAUGAUUAUAUUUGUUUCAAAAUGGGAUUCUCAAGAAUUAGAAGAAGUAAAAAAUAAGUUUCAUAUAACAUGGCAUGGAGAAGUAGUAAAAGAACAAAAUGAAUGGAUCACAUCAGUGAUCUGCUUGCCUUUAAUAUCUUUAGGAAAGGCUAGUGGUCCAGAUUGGACAUGUAUAACUAUUGGGUAUAACACAGGUUUUGUUAGAUUCUACACAGAAACAGGUGCAAUGCUUUUGGAAGAGCAAAUUCAUAAUGAGUCAAUUUUAGGAAUAAAAUGUCAGUCAUCCUGUUCAGUAAAACAUGGAGAUGUUGGUUAUAACGAAGAAAUUUAUAUCUUGUACAAUAGUGGUGUUUGCAUAUUACAAGGAUUUCCUUUAUUUUCAACUUUACGUGCCUGUAGAAAUCAUUUAGCUAGAGUUCAAGCAAAAUGCGAUGAUUUGCCUCCAAUUACUAAUCUAUCAUAUAAAAAGUGGGCAUUCAAAAAUCAAGAUAUUUCGAAUGAUUCGGAAGUAAUUGGUACAACGUCGAUAAAUAGUUUUGAUCACUUGAUGACUGCUUCAAUUUGCGGUGGAUACAACGCGACAUAUAGAUCCAGUGCACCACAACAUAAUUUAGUUCUUGCUACAGGAAAGCGGCCAUUUGUAGGAUUUCAUUAUGCGCUUGAGGGAGGCAAUGCACCUGUCUUAUCAGAUGUUGCCAUUGCUAUGGCUAGCAAAUUAGCUAGUGCUAUUGGCACAGCAGUACCAUGGUUUCGCAGCAGUUCAAAGACUGCAACAUCUGAAGCAACAUCAAAAAGUAACAUUCAUGAAUCUAUAGAAACAAUGACUUGUCGGUUUGGCUUGAGUGACAUCAUGAGAGAGGGUGACUGUAUCACUUGCAGUCCAAAUAAAGUAUUAUCGGUAAUAUCGGACGCCAUGGGCAGAGUGAUACUUAUUAAUAACAAGAAAGGUAUAGCUGUGAGAAUGUGGAAAGGAUAUCGCGACGCUCAGUGCGGCUGGAUUGAAGUUAAUGAAGAAAAAGAUCGCGGAAUUCACAAAAAUAUUAACAGACCCAUGCAGAAAACUUUAUUACGUACCACCAUGUUUCUCGUUAUUUACGCUCCGAAAAAAGGUGUAAUCGAUAUUUGGAGUAUUCAACAGGGCCCGAAGAUAACUACUUUCACCGCUAGUAAAAACGGACGAUUAUUGUACAUCAAUUAUGGUUUUCUGGGUAUGGCUAAUAAUACUACUGUGUACAAAAACAAAGCACAAUACUCAUGUGUGUUCAUGGAUCCGCUGGGUGGAUUAAAGGAAAUUUGUGUCCCAUUUUAUUUUGCGCUCAACAGUAAAAACGGCAAACGAGCACGCGAUAUACACUUGCUUAGAAAACUAAAAACAUUCCUGAGGGAGGAGGAAUUUGAUGAAGAGAAAUUAAUCUCUGAGGUUACCAACAUUUGCUUAGAGCUAAAGACAAAUGAGAUCAAGAUACAAACGAUAGAAGUUUUAAUGAACAGUAAACAUGUCUUGCCAGAUGUUUUGCUCGCUGCGACAAAUUAUUUUGCAACACAGUCACAAGAAGAAGAAGAGGGAGAAAAACUAGAAGUUACCAUUAAAAUACUUCAUCAAUUAACAACGCAGUUACAGCGGAUGAUUACAUUUUAUAAAUAUGUUAAAUCUCUACUCGAUACUGCACCUGAAUAUGACAUUGUGACAGCCGGUGGUGCACCGAAUGUCAAAAAUUUAUCCUCGACCUUAUUAACUUCAGAGCGGGAAAUAUAUCGCAUCAUUAAACUGGCCAAGACACUAAACAGUUUUGAAGAUGCAAACGUUUCAACAGAAAGCAAGGUCAAAUUUAAAGAAGACGAGAGGGCAUUUUUUUACUUCUUGUCGUGCUUCGAGUUCGGCGACUUAAAAUUAAUUAGCUUGCGAAAAGAUUUGAAAGAGGAAAAAAUACAUGAGAUCGCGCGUCUGAUAUAUCAAGGAUGGAUGUACUGUAACGAUGUGAAGGAAAAAUGGCAACAAGCUGCUGAAGACAGUAACAUUCAGCCGUUCAUUUUUAUGCAACUAGCAUUGAUUUACUGGACACAUAAGAAGGAAAUCACGAUUUCUGAGAUAGAGCUAAAACGUUUCACACAGCUUCUGCAUGUUAUUUGUUUAUUAACUGAUGUAGAAGAAAUAUGUACUGAAUACAAUGAGGCUUCUUUGUGGUGGAAAAAUGUGCGCGCAAUUCUCACAGAAUCUACGAAGCCUUUCAAUGCUCUUAUUGCUGCAUUGGCAUGCAGAGCGAUCGCAAUAAUGAUAGAGAUACAUAAAGAGAAAUUACAAAAUCAGAAGUCUCUGGGAAUUUUGGGAGACGAAGUGGAAGAUAUUAAAAAUGGGAAUAAUAAGAUUAAAAUGGAUGAAAUGGAGAGUAAAAUAUAUGACAUUACACCGGACGAUGAGACGUACAGUUCAAUUAGUGAAUGGGAAAAUGUUAGUAAGGACACUUGUCAAUUCACGCUAUUAAUUGGGAAUCUUGAAGAUAUUACAGUUCUGAAUGCUGUUGUUAAUCAGCAGUUUAUACCAGAUCAGACAACACAAUUUUUCGCUUUACCUUUUACAAAAUGCGACAUUUCAUUGUCGCUGAUUAUUUCUAAAGGCAAAGGCUCCGUAUCUGAAUUAGUUGCGAAGUGGCUCAGUACAACAAGUAUCAAUCCUGCACGAUUGAUUGACACAACCGAUGUAGAAUUUGAUCAGCUUCAAUUAUCAGUGGAUUCGUUGCAACUGAAUGAUGUAUUGGACGAAGUGUCUGCCGUCGAUAUACCUCAACAAGAACAGACGAAACUUCUUUCGCUUUCGGUAGAAAUCGGAGACGAAGCGAAAGUUGAUACAACCACGGAAGCGUGCAUCUUAGAUAAAAUAACCCUGCUCAAACGUCAUUUCCCAUAUAGUUUAACUAGUAGCGUUUUGUUGGCCAAUCUAUGCUGGGAGUUUGCGAUGUCAUGGAACAAAGACGUAACUCAGUUAGAAUCGCUUGCGGCUGCCGUGGCUGUUUUGCGACAGAUACCCAUGAAGCAUAUGAAACAUGGUGUUUGCUGUUUGUUAUGGACGCUUCAUAUAAAAAAACGUAUAGAAGCAGUAGCAAAGCUGAUGAACAAACUUGGGAAAUUGCCUAAGGAAAGAUUAUGUAUGCAAGAUAUUGGUUUAUCGGACAUUCAAGUGACAACGUUCCUGCAGCAUUCCAUUACUUUCUUGGAUAUAUUUCUUGAUGCUGAGAUACUUGAGCGAAGCGACAGUGCGAUGAUUAAAUUCGAAGAACUGUGGGAAGGACAUCCUAGUGGACCGCAACCGUUUGCCACAUUAGCUAUUUCUCAAACACCCGCUUGGUACGAGUUGAUAUUAUUACAUGUGCAAGUAGUCAACAUCUUAUACAUAAUGGCGUGUCUUAAUUUGAAAAUGCUGAAGCCGCUGAAUAACUUAUUCGAGUCCGUGGUGCAGCCCUAUUUCUUUCAAGACAUCACAGACAAAGCGAUGCUCACGUGGUAUCGAGAUGACAAAAGGGACACUACGCGUACAGAAUUUUUGUGCAAAGUAAUCACAGCGUCGAUGGAGUUUAUUCAUCGAGAAACCAGCGAUGGUACGACAGUUAGCUCCACGCAGGCUAUCUCGUGGAUGGGUAAGUGUCAGACAUUGGCGUCCAUCUGGAAAAUUAACAACGACGAAUUAAGGAUACAUCAGGUCUGUCAAUUGUACAUAAACGGCUUUGAUCGCUUGGCGGAAGAGAUAAUGACAGCGGUGAAUGAUAUUGAACGCUUGGGCGCGAAUCUAUUGUCUAUUGCUGGAAGAAGGAUGAUGGCGUAUCUCUCAAGAACACCUAAUCUACUGGAAGAAGUUUCACGAAUAAGUCCGGCACUCAUGAGAUAUUUAGAGAGCCUGAACGUGCCCGAAAUCAUCUUUACGAAUUGCUCGAAUGAUGAUAUCGUGGAAUUGAUUCGUCGAGUGUCUGUGCAUUUACCAAAAUCUCAUUGUGAUUACCAUCUCGCAGAACUAAUGUUAGAUGCAACAUUCAUUUUUCAAGAUAGCCACUAAAUAUUGACUCAGUCUUAUGUCCUGGCAUUUUAUGUUUUGUGAUAAUGUGAAGCACGAAACCGCCAUACCGCCGGGAGAUUCUACGAAGAGUUGUGCAGCUAUGUAUAUAGCAAACACACAUAUACAACGAAGUGAAAAUUGCUAGAGUAAUUCUGUGACUUUGAGAUAAAACUCCCGAUAACAAGAGAUAUUGUAUAUCGUUCUUAUGUAUAAUAUUAUAUAUAGUAAUAAGAAAAUUAGUGAGAGAAUGAAGUUGCAAGGUUGCGAGCGGCUAAUCAUAUGUAACAAACUAUAAGUGAUGAUUCCAACAUAGCGUCGUUUGUUGUUUCUUAGUCGCAACCCAGGCUAGAGGAGAAAUCGAAUAAAUGUACAUGUGUAUAUACAGAACUUCGUUAAUGUUGCUAUAUCACAAAGCAAAGAAAUCGUUCUAAUUUUAAGAUACAAAACGUAAUUUAUCUAACAUUCUCACGAGAAUUACCACUCGCGCGAGAAUUAUUUCUCGAUUUGCAAAGUUACCCGUAAUAGCAACGUCAAGUUUGUGCGAAUGAGGUGAAAGAAAUAUUCAAAUUAUUAUUGUAUAUCUGUAAUCAAAUAUAAUAUUUCGUUUGAACGUGCACCGUUAUGUAAAAAGAUGGUCGUUUUUGACUUAUAUGUAUAAUUUAUUAAAAAUACAUUAAAUAUAUGUGCUGCUACACGUGUUAACCAGA